GAUAUUUGAGUUUGACGUAAAUGCAAGGAGAGAAAAUCACAAAAUACAAAUGUUACUAUUUCGAUAUUAGCUUAAAUAAAAACGAUUCUUUAUCUUUUUGAACAAAAAUGCGUAAUACCCUAGGCAUUUGCAACAAAAACAAUGUAAAACAAUUUACAAAGAAAAUAAAAUAAAGCGAGAAUAUACAACAUACCAACAAGAUUUACUCAAAGGAAACGAACCCAAAAAAAUUAUUGUUAUGAAAGUAUUGAUAAGAGGAAAAUGCAGUUGUAUACAAGUGUUAUUUUUCUUUACACUUUAGUCCAGCCAAUAAAUUUACAGUUGCUGAUUAAUGUUAAGAAUCAAGGUGGCGAUGUUAUGCAGGAGAACAUAACAGCGAAUGUGUCGGAGGACACUGUCAUACUUGAUUUUUUGCGCUUGGAUGGAGUUUAUGUCUCGCAACUUGUCGACUUUACAAAUGAGGUGGAAGCUAUGAAAGUGGUGAUACCAGCAGAGGAGGAGUUAGGCCAAAGUGGGUACCAAACACUCUGCUUCCUGACCCACGCUGCACAGGCUGAUUUUAUUGCACCAGAUGCAAUGGCAAAACUGCGGCAGAAAAACCCAGGAACAGUGCGUGUAGCAGAAGAGGACAAGGGCUGGCGCCAGACAACGACGACGGCGUGGGCGGGGCGCGCCGCUUGGCUGCUGUCGCCCGCUGCCGCGCGGCACUGCGCCCCCGCCAGGGAUCAUGUCUACUUGAGGACUGCUGACCUUUCCAGAUGGGCACCGAGGCCAGGAAUGUCUCAGUUAUCAUAUUCAGCAGAAGUAACGCCGUUUCCAGCCAAUGCUCUGUCACCCGACACAUCUGAUGGCAAGCCGGGUGUAUCUCCAUGUGUGGCAGAGAAUGAUAGUGUAAAAGAAUGUAUUUGUCACAUAGAGGUAUGUGUUAACUGGUACCCCUGUGGCCUGAAGUACUGCAAAGGCAAACCGCAGGGGGGCAUGAGCUACCGCUGCGGCAUCAAGACGUGCCACCGCUGUUACCGCUACCACUACUACGUACCUCGGCGCGAUGCCUGCCUCAGCUACACGUGACAGUGCGCUCGCUGGCCACAGCUCAUUUAUCUGUGCCAAAUUGUCUCUUGUCUCACGCCCAGUGCAGCUUCCUGACUUUAAAGCAAGAGUAUCUACAGUUUUUUAUUGUGUUCAGUACCACAGACUUGCCCUGUGAGUUCAUGUUAAUAAAUAGAAAUGGUAGUGGCACUGAAUGUGUUGAAACUGAAUUUCCAGUGAACUUACAACUUGUGGCUGACUAGAUGAUUAUUAAAUGAUGCUAUUCUAAAUCUUGUGAUUACUAUUUUCUAGAUAUUUAAUUGUUUGCUUUUAACAGACUAUUAAUUACCAUCUUAUUGAGUUUUUCUUUAAUACCAACCAAUAAAAGUAACUUUUGAUAUUUUUUUCUUAUAA